ACUGCCUCUGUGUGAAGCAGAGGGAAAAGGACUCCGUGUGAGUGGCCAUAGCAGAUAAGAGCCCAGACCUCCCCACACACCUCCACCACACACCAGAUUGCUGCAGAAGGUUGGGGCAGCCCAUUGCCACCACACAACUACUUCCAAGGCAAUGAAUGCUGGCUGGAGUCAGAGCUCCUUAAGCACAUUAAGAAAGUAAUUGCAAGUGCCAGCACCUGUGUCAGAAGGCUUUCCUAUUAGAGCUGACUGCAGGAGGCUGCUGCUCUGAGUGCUUUGGAGGGGGCUGGAAAGCCUCGAGGCAGGUGGAGCUGCUCAGAAGACAACACGUGGCUGACCUUGCUGCCUUGCCUGGGGGAGCUGCUGCUGUGUCCUUGCUGAUGAGCAUUGCUGGCAACCUGCCUGUUGUUUCCAGGAGCUUGUGCAGUGUGUUGGCUGCUGCUGCUCUGUGACAUCCCCGACCCCAUGGGGCUGGCCGUGGAGAUGCGAGCAGGGCAGGUGCUGCUGGUGCUGUUGGCUGCCUCUGUGGUGAUGCCUGCCAAGGACCCGCUGCUGAACGUCUGCAUGGAUGCCAAGCACCACAAAACCAAGCCUGGCCCGGAGGGGAUGCUGCAUGGCCAGUGUGCUCCCUGGAAGGACAACGCCUGCUGCACAGCCAACACCAGCUCAGAAGCCCACAAGGACCAAUCCUACCUGUACAACUUCAACUGGAACCACUGUGGGGUGAUGCCACCCAAGUGCAAGCGUCACUUCAUCCAGGACACGUGCUUGUACGAGUGCUCACCCAACCUGGGGCCGUGGAUUGACCAGGCUGACAGCAGCUGGCGGCGGGAGAGGAUUCUGCAUGUGCCACUGUGCAAAGAGGACUGCGAGGAAUGGUGGGAGGACUGCAAGGACUACGUCACGUGCAAAGAGAACUGGCACAAGGGCUGGAAUUGGGCAACAGGAACGAAUCGCUGUCCCUGGGGCUCCAUGUGCAGACCCUUCACCCAGGUCUUCCCCAGACCCAAAGAUCUGUGCGAGAAGAUCUGGUCCAACUCCUACAAAUACACCACAGAACGCCGGGGCAGCGGGCGCUGCAUCCAGAUGUGGUUUGACCCCACGCAGGGGAACCCCAACGUGGUUGUGGCCAAGUACUACGCCUGGAGGAAGCGAUCCGCUCCUGCCAGCAUGCAGGACGUGACUCCUGAGACAGGCAGAGCUGCGUGCGCCGUGCCAUGGCUCAUCCUGCUGCUGGGCCUUGUGCUGCUCACUGCAGGCUGGGAUUCCCAUGGCUGGAGGUCCCUGUGACAGCUCCCCGAAGGGAUGCGGCUUCUCUUUCUGUGAAGGAGGCUGUUCCUGUGGCAUGAGUGGCAGUCAGUCUGUUCAAUUCGCUCGUGUGUCCCAGUGGAUGCUCAGCAUGGACUAUGCUGUUGGACUUUGUCUGCUGCUGCCUCCAGCUGAUGGAGGCAGUGAUUUCCCAUCCUUUGUGUCUGAGCUCCUUCUGUCUUCCUCCCCUGCCUUUGCUGCCUCCUGCCCAUAGGGCAGGUGUUGAUGUCUGUGCUCUGGGUGGGUGUAGUGUUUGUUCGUGAUCCUUUUCUGAGCACCGCAUCCCUGGAGAGUGGAGUUGGUAAUAAAAGAACUGCUCUGAAUCA